AUGAAUAGGAGUAACUCGUUAACUCCUGGUUCACCAUCGCCUGCUACUCUUCAUAAUUCUUCAUCUCUUCCCAAAUCAACCGAUCUUUCCACAAGUGUUUCUUCGCAACAAUCUUGGGAAUAUUUGCGAAAACAGGCUAGACAAUUAGAAAAUGAGCUUGAGCAAAAACUUACCAGUUAUUCUAAAAUUGCAGCACAAGUGGGGAGAAGUGUGGGAUAUGGUCUUGGAAGCAAAAGAAAUGAUGGCAUGGCGGGAAAUUCGAGCGAAGCUAUGGAAUUAGAAUUAGAAGAGUUAAUCAAGAAGGCAAAUAUACAGGCAGCAAAAAAUCAUUCAGAUUUAUUAAGUUCGGUUAGAGAAGAUAUCAGGCAAGCUUGGACUUCCUUUAAAUCAGGAGCAAGUAGUGAAACUGAUUAUUUCCUAAGCGAAAGAGGCAGAAUAGAAAGCUCUCAUAGAAUGACAGAUAUGGUUAUUGAACAAGCAUAUGAAACAAGAGAAGAGAUUGGAAGACAAAGAAGCUCAUUAUUAAAUAUUAAUAGUCGAGUGAGCCGUCUAAUAAAUACAUUUCCUGGAUUAAACAGUUUAAUAGGCAAAAUAAAUUCGCCUUUAGGUUUUCAUCAUAGAAUUGAAAAGAAGAAUGCUCAAAAUGCUCAAAAUGCCAGAGAAAAGUGA